UUACACAUACUUUCUUAUUUCUUGUUUUUAUUUUAUUAGAUAGAUCAAAUCAAGGUAAUUUUGUGCUUAAUACGAAAAUUUCACAGAAAUUUUAAAACUAAAGUGAGCUUGUUCAUCAUUUUAAAAGGGUAAGAAGAAUUCUAAUCUGUAAAGUCAGAGUUUAAAGAAUUGAUUACUUGGAAGAUAAAAAUAUAAAAGAAUAUAUACUGCAUUUCCUCUUCUCAUAUAACAAAUUAUGUUGUAAAGUAUUUUCUUUUGUUUUACAAAGCUUGUGAAAGUCUUAUAAACAUGCCAUCUCUUCUUAAUCAAUCUAUAAUUAAGGUAUCUCAACUAAUUAAAAACAAAACACUUAGUGUAUCAGAAUUAUGCUCAAUGUGUCUUGAAAGAAUUAACAAAACUAAAGACUUGAAUGCAUUUAUUACCAUCACAGGAAGUAUUGCUGUUGAGCAAUCAGCAUGGGUACAGAAACGAAUUGAAGAAGGUGUUAAUAUAAGUAUUUUGGAUGGCAUUCCAAUCGCUUUUAAAGACAACUUCAGCACAAAAGGUGUACGGACCACAUGUGCUUCCAAGAUGCUCAGCAAUUAUGUUGCUCCAUAUGAUGCUACUGUUGUUGAAAAAUUAUGCCAUAAAGGUGCAGUUAUGAUAGGCAAGACUAACCUUGAUGAAUUUGCCAUGGGAUCAGCUACGGUGAAUUCGUAUUUUGACCCAACCCGCAACCCAUGGCGUUCUGGCUUGAAAUAUAAACUUAAGAAACGAUCCAAACUAUUAUUUAGUGAUGGAGAUUCCUCUUUAAAUGAUUUUGAGAAUCCUAAAAUUAGUCAAGAACCAUUGGAUAGUGGUGAUUUUUUUGUAGCUGGUGGUAGCUCUGGAGGUGGUGCUGUUGCUGUGGCUUCAGGUGCUUGUUUUGGUGCAGUUAGUUCUGAUACUGGUGGGUCCACCAGAAAUCCAGCUGCAUUUUGUGGCAUAGUUGGAUUGAAACCAACUUAUGGUCUAGUAUCUAGAAAUGGUUUAAUUCCUUUAUGCAAUUCUAUGGAUGUACCUGGAAUAUUAACUCGAACAGUAGACGAUGCAGUUAUUUUGCUUAAUUAUUUAGCAGGCCAUGAUCCUAAAGAUUCUACUACAGUUUCUCAACAAUUUUCCCCUUUCAGCUUGCCUGAUAAUAUAGAUGUUCAUGAUCUUUGUAUAGGAAUUCCAAAAGAAUAUGAAUGUCCUGGUAUGUCCUCUGAAAUUAUUGAAAUGUGGAAGAAGGUAGCUGAUGCAUUUGAAAAAGCAGGAGCUAAAGUAAAACCUGUCUCCUUACCUCAUACCAAAUAUUCAAUAAGAUGUUAUUCUGUUAUAAACUGCUGUGAUGUUGCUUCGAAUUUCGCUCGGUAUGAUGGAAUAAGAUAUGGUCACAGAGCAGUUACUGAAACUUUGACAGAGCAUCAUUAUGCUAUUACAAGGCGAGAAGGAUUUGGAGAAGUUGUGCGAGAAAGGAUUCUGGCUGGAAAUUACUUUUUGCUGAGAAAAAAUUAUGAGAAAUAUUUCCUUCAAGCUGCAAAAGUUCGUCGGCUUAUAUGUGAUGACUUUCAGUCUGUAUUUAACAGUGGUGUUGAUUUGUUACUAACACCAGUGACCUUAAGUGAACCAGUUCCAUAUUCAAAAUGGAUUCUUACAGAUGACAGAGAACACAAUGCUGUUGAUGAUUACUGUACUCAACCUGUAAAUAUGGCAGGAUUACCUGCUGUUAGUAUUCCAUGUUCUUUUUCGAAAACAGGAUUACCUCUCAGCUUGCAGCUGAUUGGCAAACCAUUUCAAGAGAAGCAAAUGUUGUGUGCUGCCAAGUGGAUGGAACUGCAGAUGGACUUUCCAAUAUUAGAUUUGGAUUGUUAAUG